GCUCUUACACGUCUAUCCUCACCGCAACUGGGUUUACAAAAGACUUUCCAUCCACUACACAUCAACCCACUAACACCCUAGCAAAUAUGACUGGUCGCGGCAAAGGUGGCAAGGGUCUCGGCAAGGGCGGCGCCAAGCGUCACCGCAAGAUUCUUCGUGACAACAUCCAGGGUAUCACCAAGCCCGCCAUCCGUCGUCUCGCUCGUCGUGGCGGUGUCAAGCGUAUCUCUGCCAUGAUCUACGAAGAGACCCGUGGUGUCCUCAAGACGUUCCUCGAGAGUGUGAUCCGCGACGCCGUCACCUACACCGAGCACGCCAAGCGCAAGACCGUCACCUCCCUCGACGUCGUCUACGCGCUCAAGCGCCAGGGCCGUACCCUCUACGGUUUCGGUGGUUAAGCUUCUUCUCUCACGAAUCGUGCGCGCCUGCGACACAUUGUUCAUGGGUAUGAUUUGGGAAUAACGGAUGUAACGGCGUUAUUGUUUCAUGGGCGGUCUGGAUAUGAUUCCAAAGUCGAUAUGAGGCUUUUCAGCUAUCGAAACGGCUAGUAUAUAGUCGAAUGCAUACACGUUCUAUGCACCAG